AUGCCUUGCUCGUCCCGCCCGAGUGCACUUUUCCUCGGCCAAGUGCACAGCCGAGGUGCACACCUGGCCGAGACUUCUCGGCCGAGUGCAGAUUCCCUCGGCCAAGUGCACACAGAGGUGCACACAUGGCCGAGACUUCUCGGCCGAGUGCACUUUUCCUCGGCCGAGUGCACAGCCGAGGUGCACACCUGGCCCAGACUUCUCGGCCGAGUGCACAGCCGAGGUGCGCUCCUGGCCGAGACUUCUCGGCCGAGUGCACUUUUCCUCGGCCGAGUGCACAGCCGAGGUGCGCUCAUGGUCGAGAAUUCUCGGCCGAGUGCACUUUUCCUCGGCCGAGUGCACAGCCAAGGUGCGCUCAUGGCCGAGACUUCUCGGGCGAGUGCACUUUUCCUCGACCGAGUGCACAGCCGAGGUGCACACCUGGCCGAGACUUCUCGGCCGAGUGCACACAGAGGUGCACACAUGGCCGAGAAUUCUCGGGCCGAGUGCACAGCCGAGGUGCACACUUGGCCGAGACUUCUCGGCCGAGUGCACAUUCCCUCGGCCAAGUGCACAGCCGAGUGCACUUUUCCUCGGCCGAGUGCACAGCCGAGGUGCGCUCCUGGCCGAGACUUCUCGGCCGAGUGCACAAUUCCUCGGCCAAGUGCACGGCCGAGGUGCACACUUGGCCGAGCUGCACACUUGGCCGAGACUUCUAGGCCGAGUGCACUUUUCCUCGGCCGAGUGCACAGCCGAGGUGCGCUCCUGGCCGAGACUUCUCGGCCGAGUGCACUUUUCCUCGGCCGAGUGCACUGGCCGAGAUUUCUCGGCCGAGUGCACAUGAGUGCACAUUUUUCUCGGCUGAGUGCACAUUUCUCGGCCAAGGUGGCCUAG